ACACAAAGCCGGUGCGAUUAGCCUCCUCAUGGCGGCCCAUGACGGCGCGACGUCGGACGACGGGGCGAAGGAGCGCAAGCGGCAGCACCACCACGGCGCCUCCUCCAUCCAGUCCAAGAUCCCUCGCCUCUUCAAGCCAUCGGCGCCCGGCAGCGCCAAGAAGGCCAAGGCGGCGUCGCGCAUCCCGCGCAUGGCCUCGGGCAUUCCUCGGCGACGGCUGCUCGAGGCCGUGAGCUGCGACUCGUCGAGCGAUGGCACCGUGAGCGAGUGCCCGACCAUCAGCUCCAUGACCGAGUCGCAGAUCGACGACGACCCGAUCUCGUUUGUCGCGACCUUGCGCGAGAUGGACAUUGCGCGCUGCCUCCAGGAAGACCUCGUGCGCGACAACGCCAAGCUCAAGCAGCAGGCUGAGUUCAUUCACUCGGAGAUCGGGUACCUCUACGAACUCCUCACGCAGAUCGAGGCCGCCGUGCAGACGAGCGCGCGGUCGCGGCGAACGCACCAGCGCAUCCUCGACAUCAUCGCGGCGCCGAUGCCCACGAGCCUCGACCCGCCCGACGUGCCGGACGACGCGACGUUUUGAUUUACGACUCUUAUUCAACUUAUAUAUUAGUGUGCUAGCCCA